UAAAAUAGGAACAGAAAAGCAUGAGCAGAAUAUUAAUAUGAAAAACGAUAUAUCUACUUUUUCCAGUUCUUAUGAAAGCAGAGUGCAAACAUCAGCCAGGGUUAAUGCUGUCUCUGAAAUGAAUGCUUUAUGUCCACUUAAUAAAAAGUCAGAGGCUAAGAAAUCACCUCAAAAGCGUAGAGGUACAGAACUAGAUUUUCUAGUCCAAUCCCUUGGAAAGAGGAAGAGAGUUUCUUUUGGUGGUCAAUUGAGUCCUGAACUCUUUGAUAAGCGCUUACCUCCAAACUCGCCACUUAAAAAAGGAGCCAUUCCAGCGAGACUAAGUAUGCCAUUUGGAAACUCACCACGAGCAGUUCUGAAAAAAGCUGCAGAAUUAAGUCAGUCUGUAAUACAGGGUUCCUUUGAGAGAAAGCAAUAUGAAAAGAUUGUGUCAAGGCAAGCUGACUCACAUAGUGCACCCCAGAAGCAACAAUUCAUCUCUGAUCCUCAUGUUACAAGUCAGCCUUCAGAGAGUGAGGAAACCACUACACAAGAGAUGCCUAUGAAUAGCUUAUUCAGUGAAGUUAAAAAAACAGUAUCCAGCGCCACUUCAUCAUUAAGGAGCAAACCCUGUACUCCAAGAAGAAGUUCUACACGUGGAAAAAGUGGAGUUAUGGGUACUAUUCACUCCAAAAGACGAAGUGGUGCUUCUGAAGCCAACUUGAUGGUUGCGAAGUCUUGGGCAGAAGUAGUGAAACAAGGUAUUCCAAAACUGCAACUGAAGUCUGCUUCAAAACAGGGCUUUAAAACAAGAUCAGUGAAGAAAGUGGCUUCAAAAUCAUCAAAGAAGAACAGUUCAUUAAAAACACCUAAAAGAAAAAUCAGCGGUCACUUCACAACAGGACAUGCAAAUUCUCCUGCUCCAAUUGUGAUUGGAAAAGCUCAUACUGGAAUUUUGAAUAUAACUGCACAAGUUCCUAAGGUGGUGAUCAAUUAUCCUUUGAAAAAGCAUUGUGACCUCAAUGAAAGCUUUACAGGGUUGGCUGAAAUGUUCUGCAGUCCAUCGGAUGGAAAACAGAAAAGUUUUAUACCAGAAACUCAGAUAUCAGAAAUACAUUCAUCAGAAGUAUUUGAAAAAAAGUCUGUUUUGGAUGUUAAUAUUUCAAGCCAAAGAGCUCACAAUCAAGAUAUAAUAUCCCCAGCCUUGGAAGAAGUGUCACAAAUACCCAUUCAUGAUAAUUUAGUGGUAUCACUAAAUGAAAGAAAUAUAAUGGGAAUGGAAGAAGAAAAACUACAACAAGAAUCGGAGCCAGUCAGACAACUUUUGGAAAUUAAGAGGCUUUUGAAGACAACUAAGGAAAGGUCUGAACCUCCUGAAGUACUUUCAGGAGUCAAGAGGCUCUUGAAGACACCUAAGCAAAA